AUGCCUCCAAAAAGAACCUACGUGAGAAGCAAUGUGAAUGCGAAUGUGGACGAGGAGCAAUAUGUUCCACAAGCUCUGAUGGACCCUUUAGCCGGAGCUCGCAUGAACAAGUUUGUUUUCAUCAUUUCGGACUUGGUUGACAAAGAAUUUAGAACUUCCAUGUUGAUCAAGGAGAUGAAUAUCUCAAGUUUGAUGACUCAUUUCGAACAAAUCGAGGAGGAAAAGCUUAAGGAGAAGGCUAAAGAGUCAAAGAGGGCAAGGACCGAUAGUGGAGACUUUUCACAUUCGAGGAUGUCUAACCCUAAGCCUCAAGGGAGUACUCCGAGUGGUCAGAAUAUCCCUGCAUAUAGGAAGUGUUGGAAGAGACAUCAAGAAGAUUGUUUGGCGAGUUCUGAAGCUUGUUAUGAUUGUGGAAAUAUGGGUCAUAAGGUGAGAGAAUUCCCCUUAGUUGAUACUAGAGGUGGAGGUGUUCGACCUCAAAUUCAGACUACUUUAGGUCGUCCAUCUCAGCAGGGUACUUCAUCAGGUUCUAGUGGUGGUUAG